UUAAUAUAUAAAAUAUUACAUUUUAUUGGACUACAUAAUAUUCAGACACAAUAUGCAGAUAUUUUCUAUUGCUUCUAUUCAUUCUAGUGCCUUACAGAAAGAGCAGUGACAAAUGCCAUUUUCAGCUGCCUGAAUUAGAAAAUAGUUAUUUUUUAUUAGUAAGGAGGAGUUUAAAGUCUGUGUCUUUUUUUUUUCAAACCUUGGCAGCAGUUCUGUGGCAGACUGCCUGAAACAUAUGUUUGGAUUUCUCAAAAUAUUUAAGCUGAAAUUUAAAGUUAAAAGACUGUAGCACCAGGAUGUUCAUGCAGUGCAAACGCGAAAGCUACAAAAAUUAGGAUUAGAUCAGAAGUGGAUACCAUUGUUAGGUUUAACAACUUGACUCUGUGUUGACCAGAAAACAAAUGUAGCUUACUGUACAACCCCAUACCACAACACAUUCCAGUCAUUUCUAUAACCCUCAUACAUGCGUCUCUGCUGUGGUGUAACAGGGAUCAUUGUCCCCCUCCAGUGGUUAUGAGCUGGAAACUCUAACUUUGAUCUCACUCAGUCAUGAUGAGCCACACUUGGUUGUUAAAACAGAAAAUAUGAGUAAUCACAUCUGAUUGUGAGCACUUGAACUUUAGCAUAGAUCUAAGUGUUAGUUACUUUCACAGUGGUGAUUUGUUUUGCCUCAUUGUUUGGUUAGGUUCAGACAAUAAAACCACAUCGAUUGAGGAAAAUGUCACACUCUGGUUCACAAGGACAACUACAUGUUAAAAGCGUGAUUAACUUUAGGCCUACUUGGUGAGUUUUGUGUGGGUUAAUAAUUGUCCUUUCUCAACAUGUUUGAAGCCUUUACUCCUUUAUCUUGGUCACCAAGAUGACAAGCCUAUCUGUUGUAUGAUUGAUUGGCUAAACAGGGGCAGCACUAAAGCAAUAAAAUCGGUGGCAAAGAUGUGCUGAUUUGAAAUGUAGUAAUACAUCAAAAAUAUAUAUUUUUUAAGUUUCUUCAAAACAUAAUUGAGAAUGUGGUUUAGUUGUAUGGUAAUUGUUGGUAGAGAUUGCUGGGGAAAUCCUAGGAGUCAUGUUCAAAUCAAAUCAAAUCAAAGCAAGCUUUAUUGUCAUUUUGAUGAUGUCAAGAUAAGAGAGUGUUUCUCCAGGAUCCAGUAAGGUGCAGAUGUGUGUGCAAAACCAGAUCAGCAGUUCAGCAUUCUGACAGCUUGUGGAACAAAGCCGUUGAUCAGUCUGGUGGUUCUGCCUUUGAUGCUCCGAAAACGUUUGCUUGAUGGCAGCAGUGUAAAAAGAGUUUAUGGAGAGGGUGUGAGGAGUCCCUGACAAUGUUCAGUGCCCUGCGAGGACGGAAACUCCGACGACCCUCUCAGCUCCCCUGGCUAUCCUCUGCAGGACUUUUCUGUCCGACAUACUGCAGCUGGAGUAGCAUGCUGAGAUGCAGCAUGUCAGGACACUCUCGACCACACCUCUGUAGAAAGUCCUGAGGAUGCUGGUGGGGAGAGAGGCUUGUUUCAGCUUCCUCGGGAAAUGCAGUCUCUGCUGGGACCAUCUGAUUAUCGCUGAGGUGUUCCUGUAAGCUGAGGUGUUGUUGUAAUUCAAGUAGUGAGAUGAAUACCAAAAACUCAAAAACACUGAUAAUGUAAUGGAAGGACAAAGCUGCCUGAAAUGAGCAGCCGCUGGUUUCUUUAUAUCCACAUCCCACAUCUAGUGAGUCAGACUAGUUGAUCAGACACUUCAGAACUUUAGUGGUUCUCCAGUGCCAUGUCGCUUCAGAAUAAAAAUAUCAGAACACAUCAUCAGUAUUGACUUAAUAAUGUGCUACAUGAACAAGUGACUAACAAAAGGGCAGUGAAUAUGAAGUCUGCAGUUUCCUCUUUACAGGUUCAGUACGUUAUAACCACAAAUAACACUUUGAUCAUUGACACCUUCCCAUCCCUGUAGCAUCACACUGACCAUUUUCACACCUUAAGAUCGCUGCACGUUGCAUUAACCAAUAUAAUGCGCUAUGUACAGUGACACUUUUUCCCUGAUGCUAAAAAUAAUAAUAGGAGGAAGGAAGUGAAGUUCAGAGCCACAUAUUGUUUGUUCACCUGCAGUGAAAAGUUUAUUCUGUUCUCUUUGGGCUGUAUUGGAAGUCGGCUGCUGUUGAUUUUAAACAAGCAAUUCUAUUUUUGAAAAAAAUACCUUUCUUUGAAUUGGUACUCUGAUUAGAAAUAACCAUGCUGUUGGCAGAAGCAGGAUGUGCAUGCAUGUGUUUCAUCCUGUAUAUUUCAGGUAUGAAUGACUCACUUUCUCUCCUACUUAUGUUUCUGUUCUUGAUAAAUUACAUACAGAACAUAUAAAUGAUGUGGCAUAGAGGAUAAUUGGCUAUCAAAAUAAAACUGCAUGGAAACUGAUAGUUUGAAUUUUGAAAACCAAAGAGUCAACCACUGGUGCAAUCAAAUCAUUUUUCACAUUCAGUCUCAGUUUAGCUCAUUCUCACCUGUGUGCAUCUUCUUCCAUCAUGUGUUUUUCUCAGUGACUGCAUAUAAACAUGGAUGUCAGCCAAAGUUUUCUGAAGCACAGCUCUGAAGUGUGGCGGCUCCGACUGUCACCAUCUCGGCAGUGCCUGGCUCUGCAAAACUCCCACUUUAUAUAAAAAUGAGCACAGAGGUGAAGUAUGAGUGGAGUUGAAGUGGGCAAUGGACCAUCAUAUGGUGGCAACAACCUGUCACUCAAAGCAGUCAUGGCCAUAUUUAUGCAUAACUUUAAGCUGCUAUAAAUUUAAAACUGGUCAUUUAUUAAAAAAAAAAGUCAUCCCAUCCUCCCAUAAUUGUCAUGGAAGAAAUUAGUUGCAGAGACUAAAACAGGUAGCAGGCUAUAAAGAUGUUUGCGUUUUAAAGUUGAAUAAUUUUACAUAGGGGUCGAUGAGGGUUGACUCCCCUUUGGAGGCAGCCUCAAGUGGACAUUUGAGGAACUGCAGUGUUUGGCACUGACUCACUUCAUACAGGAUGCAGGUACAAGCUUGCCAUUAACCAUUCACACCAGUCAGCAAAGAUCACUCUACAUUAGAACACACGACAUCAUGGCAUCUGACCAAUCAGCAGACCCAGUCGGCCUUCAGCAUGCAGGAAACUACUCCUGUGCUGUGAAAACCCACGGAGACAUGGAAUCAGCUGAACGAGCUCUCACUGUUCAAGGUGAGCCUGGCUUUUAAACUCACCUGAAACAUUUGUAGGCAAUUGAAGCUCUUGCAAUUGAAACUCAAACCAUUUAAUAGGACACAUGCAGUUCAGUGUCUCCUGGUAUAAACUUUUAAGGUUUGUCCAACCAGUAACACAACCUUUUAUCUUUCUCCAGUCCUGGUGAAGACAAUGGCAAUAAUUAACGCAGUAAGACUGACUGUUGGAUUCCUGAUCCUGCUCUCUCUGAUUCCCUUGUGUGAUAGAGAGUGAUUGUGUCACGGUUUGGAAUGUACCCCGAACCUUAGUAUUGGCUACGUGUUCUCACCUGGGACUGUUAUGAUGAAGAACGCACCUGUGGAUUGCCGCCUGCUUGUGCUGUAAAUGAAUGAGCGUUAACUUAAAAGUUCUGAAGCUGUUAUCAAGUGUGCGUGCAUUAUUACUUGAGGUUAUAACACCUUGUACCGGUGGAUGAAGUGAAAUACUAAUCGGCAUGGGCUUUGUGACUUGAUUGUCCCUGAUUUAAACAAUAGUAAGUAGAAUUUUCUGACCAAACCAAAUCCAAGAAGAAAAUCUCCAUUGCUGAGCGAAAUCACAAAGGUGGAAGGUGAGUGUGGAGUCUGAAAACUAGAGACUGUUGUUUGUGUGUUUUCCUCUGUCAUUUUCUGUGUUUUCUUUGCUCUGCAGAUUUACUUGUAGAAGGAGAGAAGCUCAGUUGAGGUUGUGAUUCCUGUGAUUGAAGUGCAGACAGAGCAACAGGAGCAGGAGGAAUGUCUGUUGGGGUUUCUGUGUCUUCUUUGGCUGGUCUCUCUUUGGAAGGAAGUGGCGGAUCACUCUUUACUCAAGGAACCUACAACAUGAUGCACAUGAUGAAAGAAAAUAGAGAGAACACAAAAAAAGCUCGUAUUCUGAAGACACGCAGAGAGCCAUAUCUCACUGAUCUGUAACACCAGCCGUCCUCUGACUGAUCCUCAAACUGCUGUCGAUGAAACUGGAGGACUACUGCAGACAUGCUGUCGUCAGAAGCUGAAUGGGUGUUCAUGGGUUUCGUCUUUUAUAUCUCAGGCAUUCAGGGACGAGCAAACACUAUCUGUGCCUUGAAGGGUUUUGCAGUGAAUCUGACCUGCUCGGCUAAACAUCUGUCUUCAAGCAUGAAGUGGUACACUGUUAACAGAACUGACCAAAGUUUUCUCCUCAAUGAGCUCACUGCAGAUGAAAAUGAAGUAAAGUACAACAUGACUGACGAGAGUAACUUCACUCUGACAAUCAACAAUGUGAGCGAGAGUGAUGAAAAGUUCUACUGCUGCAGAAAAACUACCGACAACCAAACAGACUGUUGGGGCAAUAGAACUCAGCUUCAAGUUGCAGACCUGCAGGUGAAGGUGAUUCCCUCCACAGAGGGACAAACAGUAACUCUGAUGUGCAGCACCAGCUGUCCUCUGACUGAAAAGCCUGCAGCCUACAUCUGGUACAAGAACGGAGAGUUUCUCUAUGAGGACUGGUCUCCCUGGUACCAAGAGCUGCUCAGCAGUGAUCAAGCAGUCAGAUACUCCUGUGCUGUCAAAGGCUACGAGGGUCUCAGAGCUCCUGAAGUCUCAGUGGACUCUGUUUCGCCAGUCUGCUUCAGUGUGACCUAUGCUAAAGGGAAGAUGUGUUCUUAUAGGGGGAAAUCUAUGGAUGAGCCCUGCUCUAUUAUUUACCCAAGAGACACAUAUAUUCAAAGGACACCUCAGGGGAAAUCUUAUCAAAUGAAGUGUAUGACCAGCUGUCCCAUAACUGACCCUCAUACUGCCUAUAGGUGGUACUGGAACAAAGAGUUAUACAGUGACUGCGAGAGUUCAAGCCUUGCACUUGUCAGCGAAUCUUCAGAAAUCUUCUCCUGUGCUGUAAAAGGCAAUGAAGAGCUGCGCUCUCGUGAACUCUGUGUUGGGGAUUUAUUCUGCUUUAAUGUGAAUUAUGACAGGAGGAGAAUCUGUGCCCUGGAAGGUACUGCGGUCCACAUUUCAAGUCAGUACUUACAUCCUGAAAACUUUCGUCAAUUGUCUAAAUCCUGGUAUAAAAUAAAGCGACGCUGUGAAGAGAAGGAGGAUGAUGCUGUACUUGUUACAGCUGCUGGCCCUGUGAACUAUCUUGACAACUCCAAUAAUCAGCACACUCUGAGGAUUGAUGGCCUGAAGAUGAAUGAUACGGCAGAGUACAUUUUCAAGCUCAUCAGAUAUGCAGAAUAUGAAAAAUGUGAACCAUCUGAUUUACCUGGAGUGCUGUUAGCUGUCACAGGCCUGACAGUCACCAUGAGUCCUUCUGCAGAGGUGACAGAAGGUCAGAGAGUCACACUGACCUGCAGCACCAGCUGUCCUCUGACUGACAACAACAACUACAUCUGGUACCUGAACAGUCGACCUCUGAGCCAAAACAAACACCUGGUUCUGGACCCAGUCGGCCUUCAGCAUGCAGGAAACUACUCCUGUGCUGUGAAAACCCACGGAGACAUGGAAUCAGCUGAACGAGCUCUCACUGUUCAAGCUCGGGAUAAAACAAUGGCAGUAAUGAAUGCAUUGAAAGCUGCCAUAUUACUACUGAUCCUGCUCGCUGCUUUUCUCUUCUACCUGAGGAUGAGAAAGAAGAAAACCGUAACAACUGAGCCAAGUGGCAAAGUGCAAGCUGGAAAGGGCGGCCAGAUGAGUGAGAACAUCGCACUCAUGGAUAUGAAUCCAGCAGCGCAGAGAGAACCAGCAGAGCAGCAGGAAGACAAAGUGUAAUACAGGGUGAUAGGCAGAGUGCAGAGAGGACACCAGCCCUGUUCUUCUAGGUUCAAGUGAGAAAGGCAUGAUUUGAGACUGUGUGAAUACUUCUGUAAAAUUCAUGUGUGUGUGGACUCAGAAGGAAGCCCCAAACUCAUGUAGGCUUCAAUCUUCCUCCUGCUUUAGCAACCACUGAGUGAUGGGUGUGGUGGUGUUAUCUGUAACUGAUUCUCACAUCCGUUUCUAAUGCUGUCCGUGGUUAAAGUUUGACGGAUGCUCUUAACUUUCCGUGAUAAAAGAACCAAAUUGCAACAUAUUCCUGCCACUGACAGUAAACAAAUUUACUGAGUUUUACAUUCCAACAGUUUUCAUGAUUGAAUCUUUUUCUUGUUAUAUUUUGCAUGUUCUAAUGGCCUAUUUGUUUCAUUACUGCUAAUUCUAUACAGCAAUGUUUCGUGUAAUUACAGUUGAGCUAUUUUAUUACAAGUGUUUUAAUAUAACCGUC